UUCGCUUUCUUUGGCAUCGUUAAAACAUGCGGAGAAACGACAAUUGGAAUAAGCCCGGUGAUCGUCGUUGACGGUGCUCGCGCACGGGCCCACAGGCUUCUUCACUCCGCCAACAACGCCGACUGAUCAUCAUCACCACUUUUACGGAGGUGCGUAGACGACCAGCACAUCUCGUAGCGACAACUCUCUUCGACGGCGAAACUCUUCCAGUAUGGAUUCGCGUACGCCGACCCCGGACGAUGGUGUCCGCAAUCGCCUGCCGACGCUCUUCGAGGUGCUGUCGCGCCGUACUCUCGCGCCCGUCGACCUGUACUCCUUUUACAUUUACAUGCGGGAUUAUCAGCGGAGCGUGGACUAUUUGGACUUCUGGCUCGAUGUCUCACAGCACAUGUCCCUUUGCCGACACUACGUACGCGAACUGCGACGCUCUAUUCUCCUUGGAACGCCCGAUCACGAAAAAGGUGCAGGCUCAGUCCGCUCGUCACAGGCGCUUGACAACUACACCUACGAUGCAAACACCGCCCGUCGACCCUCCACCGAGCAAGGCCCCAGUGGCCGACAUGACCGAGAAAAAGCCGAGGACAGCGAAGGCCUUUCGGCGUUCUUGCGUAACAAGGAGAAUCAACCGCCUCGUAGCGCCGGUAGCCAGGAGACCUCACGCGACGACCUCGAACGGCCGCCACGCCCUAGUUUCAUGACCGCGGAGACUUCGCAAGCGCUCAACAGCAACAACAACAGCAGCCCUCAGACCACCGUCUCACGCGCCGACAUCCGCGCCUCGGCCGAGAAAAUCCUGUACACCUUCCUUCUCCCCGGCGCUGAGCGCGAAAUCAUCCUCCCGCAGGGCGUCCUCAACGAAAUCACCAACAGCAUCGAGACCGAAGGUCGCGACGACCCUGAGGUCUUUGACGCCGCCAAGGACUACGUCUUCCAGGCCAUGGAGCGCGAUGCCUUUCCCGGUUUCCUGCGUAUGAAGGCACUCGGAAACAUCGUACCGCCAUCGAUGAUGCUGCGCCUGAUCGUCGGCCUCGUGAGCAUGUUUGCAGGUUUUUGGGCUGCGUUUGUCCUCAUCUUCUUGGACAAGAGCCGCAAUGAGCGCGCAUGGCUGGUCCUGCCGUUCACCAUCGGUGUCUACCUGCUCAUGACCCAUCAAUAUAUGCUGGACCCCAUCCUGGCUCUGGUCGGAUUGAGCGAAUACACAUUCAUGGUCUUUUCCAGGAUCCAGGAGCCAUUCGUUCGAACCAUCCUCAACAAACGCGCGCUCUUCUGCUUGAUGUGGAUCAUCCUGAUUGACGCCGCGAUACUCUGCCUUUUCAUUUUUGUUCCCGGGAAGCGUCUGUAGAAUACGGAAAUUCUGAUAUACAUGUGCACGGAGUUUGACGGCGUUCUAAGACUAAUGUCGACGUUCUCGUCGAAUUUAUGAUACCGCAGUUUGGAAGCUGGAAAUAGAGAGGAGUACAUGGUGCUGUGUGCACGUUUGAGCCUCGGAAUGAUUUUGUCCCAAGAGAAUUUUCUUUGGAAUGUAGAUAGUAAGAAAUGAAAACUAAUCGCAGUCAAAUGUAAGAAAUGGAAUGAGAUGGUAUCCCUAGUGCUCUAGAUA